ACUGACCGUGGAUCAACUGCGGCGACAGCGGCGUUAAUAGAAGACGCCAAGCGCAGACUUGAAAUAACGCAAACUCCGGGUAACAUCGUCUGUUUUGCUUUUGACGUCUGUGAGCUAGCAUUUACUCUUAUCUUCCGAAACUAUUCUGCUGUUAAUUAAAAAUAUACUUUGUUUUGACAAUUCUUUAGGUAUUUGCAAUGUCAGCCAUUCCACAGUCUGAUCACGAGAGAAGAAAGCAGAUUAGUGUUAGGGGAAUAGCACAAGUUGAAAACGUUACGAACGUAAAAAAAACGUUUAACCGUCAUCUGCACUAUACACUUGUAAAAGAUCGAAAUGUUGCCACUCCUAGAGAUUACUUUUUUGCAUUAGCCCAUACCGUAAGGGAUCAUCUGGUGAGCCGGUGGAUUCGAACACAACAACACUACUACGAAAACGAUCCUAAGCGAGUCUACUACCUGUCAUUGGAGUAUUACAUGGGAAGAACAUUGAGUAAUACAAUGCUUAACAUUGGCAUCCAAGGAGCUUGUGAUGAGGCAAUGUAUCAGUUAGGGCUAGAUAUUGAAGAUCUUGAAGAUAUUGAGGAAGAUGCUGGACUUGGCAAUGGAGGCCUUGGCCGUUUAGCUGCAUGUUUUCUUGAUUCCAUGGCAACCCUCGGCUUGGCUGCUUAUGGCUAUGGAAUAAGAUAUGAAUAUGGAAUUUUUGCACAGAAAAUAAAAAAUGGGGAUCAAGUGGAAGAACCAGAUGAUUGGCUAAGGUUUGGUAAUCCAUGGGAAAAAGCUAGACCAGAGUACAUGCUGCCUGUUAAUUUCUAUGGACGAGUGGAAUGCACAGGAGAAAGAGCUAAGUGGGUGGAUACACAGAUUGUGUUUGCCAUGCCUUAUGACAGUCCUAUUCCAGGUUUCCGUAAUAAUGUUGUUAACACCAUGCGUCUGUGGUCAGCUAAAUCUCCAAACAGUUUCAAUCUGAGAUUUUUCAAUGAUGGUGACUAUAUUCAAGCUGUCUGUGAUAGAAACCUUGCAGAAAAUAUUUCUAGGGUGCUGUAUCCUAAUGACAAUUUCUUUGAAGGAAAGGAACUACGUUUGAAGCAAGAAUACUUUAUGGUUGCUGCCACACUUCAAGAUAUUAUUCGUCGCUUUAAGUCAUCAAAGUUUGGAAGCAGAGACCCUGUCCGGACUUCCUUUGAAACCUUCCCAGAAAAGGUGUCUAUUCAGUUAAAUGAUACACAUCCUGCCCUAGCUAUUCCUGAGCUAAUGAGGAUUCUAGUUGACAUAGAAGGCCUGACCUGGGACAAGGCAUGGGAAAUUAGCUGCAAAACGUGUGCCUACACUAACCAUACUGUUUUGCCUGAAGCCCUGGAACGCUGGCCUGUCCAUCUGCUAGAAAGAAUACUACCUCGUCACCUACAGAUUAUUUUUGAAAUUAAUGCCCGCCAUCUGGAAGAAGUCACCAAAAGAUUCCCCGGGGAUAUUGACCGGCUACGACGUAUGUCACUAGUAGAAGAAGAAGGUGAAAAACGCAUCAACAUGGCUCACUUAGCUAUUGUUGGUGCUCAUGCAGUGAAUGGUGUGGCCAAAAUUCAUUCUGAUAUUUUGAAGAAGGAUAUUUUUAAGGACUUCUAUGAAAUGAAUCCUGAGAAGUUUCAGAAUAAAACUAAUGGAAUAACACCUCGUCGAUGGCUUGCACUCUGUAAUCCAGGACUUGCUGAUGCUAUUGUUGAUCGUAUUGGAGAAAGUUGGCUGACCCACUUGGAUGAACUUAAGAAACUGUCUUCAUUUAUAAAUGAUCGUGGCUUCAGGCGCACCAUCCAAACUGUGAAACAGGAGAACAAGAUGAAGCUAGCUUCCUACAUCCUCAAGGAAUAUGGUAUUACUAUCAAUACAGCUUCAAUGUUUGAUAUCCAAGUUAAGAGGAUUCAUGAGUACAAGAGGCAACUUCUCAACUGUCUUCACUUUAUAACCAUGUACAACCGUAUUAAACGUAACCCAUCAGCUCCAUUUGUACCAAGGACUGUGAUGAUUGGAGGAAAGGCUGCCCCAGGAUAUUAUAUGGCAAAACAAAUCAUCCGAUUAAUUUGUGCUGUAGCUCGUGUGAUAAACAAUGACCCUGUUGUAGGUGACAAGCUAAAGAUUGUCUAUCUAGAGAAUUACAGGGUUACCCUGGCAGAGAAGGUCAUCCCAGCUGCUGACCUCAGUCAACAGAUAUCCACUGCUGGCACUGAAGCCUCAGGAACUGGAAACAUGAAGUUUAUGCUGAAUGGUGCUCUUACUUGUGGAACAUUAGAUGGAGCAAACAUUGAAAUGAGAGAAGAAAUGGGACCAGAGAACAUCUUCAUUUUUGGCAUGACAGUAGAAGAAGUAGAAGAACUGAAGAGGAAAGGGUACAAUGCUUGGGACUACUACAACAAGAAUUCUGAGCUCAAACAGUGUAUUGAUCAGAUCAAUAGUGGUUUCUUCAAUCCCCACAAUCCCGACCAGUUUAAAGACGUAGCCAAUGUCCUCCUGAAUCAUGAUAGAUUCUAUUUACUGGCUGAUUAUGAAGACUACAUCAAAUGUCAAGAACGUGCCAGUGAUAUGUAUACGAAUACAGAAGAGUGGACAAAGAUGGCCAUCAAUAAUAUUGCUUCCUCUGGCAAAUUCUCAAGUGAUCGCACCAUUAGUGAAUAUGCUAGGGAGAUCUGGGGGGUGGAACCAAGCUGGGAAAAACUUCCGGCACCUCAUGAACCCAAAGAAGAAGAGAAUUCCACAGAAGGGAAAAAAAAUGACAAAAAGUAGUAAGCAGGAGUUUCUUUAGCAUAUACAGGAUCAUCAUUAUUACAGUAUGCCAAUUUAUAUGAAGUUUCAACUACUUUCAUUUUUUUUUCUUUUUAAUGAUAGAUUUGAUUAUUUAUGACCAUUUGAAAGAGAUCUUGUGGUAAUUAGUUUAGCUACAGUGAUUUAGCUGAAUUGAUUUAAAAGUGCCACAAAAACUAAAGUUGUUGUUAUUGUUGUUGUUUUCACUGUUAUAAGAAGUGUGAUUUUUAUUUUUUAAGAAAACAUUUUAAUGUUUAUUGUUCCAUUUGUAUUUUACUUAUAUUUAAAAUCAUAAAACUGAUGCAAAUGAUGAUUUUUAGAUAGUUCAAGUCUAUGUUUCUGUGUGUACAAUGUUUUUUUUUUAUCCCUUUGGCUGUUCCACUUUUAACAUUAGCUGAUGGUUGUCCUUAUUAAAAAUCAUUAUUCUUCCCAUUACCUAAAAUGUUGGAAAUCUCGAAGUAUUACUUGAUAUUUUUAGGUAGUUCCAAAAUGUAUGUAAUUAGAAUCUUGAAACUUAGUUUCAUGGAGUAAACCAGCUUCUGAAUGUAGCACUAAUCUGUUGAUGUACAUCAAAGAUUCAGGAAAAUAAAGGUUAUAUAAUGCCCUCAAAAUUA